UGUAAAAAAAGGCGAAUGAGCUGCUUUAUGUUUAUGGGUUUAUCCCUGAGAGUUUAUCUUUAUCAGCUGUGCAUUUGAUUGGUUUCAUGUCGUGUCAAGCAAGUUAUUUGUUUAAUGUAUAAUGUAUAACUUUUAUACAAAAGUGACUUUCAUAGGAAACCAAUAAGUCAGUGCAAUGUGGAUAUAAUGUGAAAUAUGAAAUCAAGCUAAAAAAUAUUUUUGAUGUGAAAUGAAUAUGUGAUAGUGCUGCAGUUGAUAAUGCAACGGAUAAAUUUUGCUAGGUUACACGUACAAAAAAUCUAUCGGAUAAGACCAGCAUCGCGUAUACUGAACCCGGUGGCGUUGUAUGACGGUUCGCAUAAUUUCAAUUCUUCAAACUAAUCAAGAUGUUAAAUGAACUGUAGUCGAUAUGCUAAGCUAUUAGUCGCGACAUCGUCGGUUCCGCGCCAAUCCGACCCCAGUGCUGCCGGUUACCUCGUGUUGUACUGCGUUGAGUUCUUGUUGCGAUGCGGAUAGGAUACCGGAUGGUUUGAUAAAAAACGAAUAGAACGUCUAAAUUAGUGCUUUUGAAUUAGUGAUUGUAGUUAUGUGAUGUUCUGGUGCAGAAAUUUGGGAGUGGGUAAUUGUAGCACUAAUUAUAUUUACUAUUGCUACGUUGAAGCUACAUAAAGGACACUAAUGUAAUUCAUAAAUCUUCUGAAAAAAGUCGACCAUAAUUCCACUACACCAACCACCGGCCAGUUUUCGGUUCUUAGUGCAAUUAUGUUUAACACUAAGAGGAACAAGUUAUUGAUAGUUUUGAUAUUCACAGUAUUAUUAUCUGUGAUCUGCAAUGGACAAACAACAAUCGGUGCCAGUGUAGUACUGGAUCCACAGGAUAUCACUCUGCUGAUAGAUGAAACCAAGCAAAUCUCAGUUCUAUUCCGAGGUCCACUAACACAAAGCAUUCAGUUUAACUUUUCCAACGAACAUGAUGAUUUUGUGAAGAUUUCGCCAUCUCUCAUAUCGAUUGAUGCGCCCAAGGACGGUUUUAUAGACAAAGGCGUUUUGGUAGAGCUAGAACCGUUGUCUCCCGGCCAGUUCGAUCUGGUAGGCUACAUUAUACCCGCUGGAUUAAUAGACGAUGCCAAGGCGUUCAUUCGGGUAACAGUGGCCAAUUCCGGAACGCUUAUAUACGUCUCAAUCGUGAUUGGAUGGAUGUACUUUGUAGCUUGGACGAUCUCAUUCUGGCCUCAGAUGAUUAUAAAUUUUCGUCGAAAAAGCGUAGUUGGGCUGUCCUUUGAUUUUCUCGCAUUAAAUCUGCUGGGCCAUACGUUGUAUGCUACUUUCAACUGCGCGUUGUAUUGGAACGACGACAUUGAACAAGAAUAUUUUCACCGGAACCCGCACGGAUUGAAUCCGGUAAUCGCAAACGAUGUGGCCUUUUCGUUACAUGCCUCGUUGGCUACAUUUUUGACUGUUCUUCAAUGCUUUUUUUACGAAAGGGGAGAACAACGGGUAUCCUAUAUCGCUCAGGGUAUUUUGAGCUUAUUUGCCAUAGUAAUAAUAAUAUCCGGCAUACUCAUCGGCACUGGGCAUUGGCACUGGUUGGAUUUCCUAUACACUCUUAGCUAUAUCAAAUUAGCAAUCACACUUAUAAAAUACAUACCGCAGGCGGUAUUAAACUUUAGGAGAAAAAGUACUGUAGGAUGGAGUAUCGAAAAUAUUCUGCUUGAUUUCACUGGUGGCUCAUUGAGUAUGUUGCAAAUGCUUCUAAACGCGUAUAAUUACGAUGACUGGGCAUCAAUCUUCGGAGAUCCAACUAAAUUUGGACUAGGCUUGUUUUCUGUGCUAUUUGAUAUAGUAUUUAUCGUGCAGCAUUAUGUAUUGUACAGGAAUCGUACAGAACUUAAGACACUGGAGGAGGAAUCUAGCAACAGUGCAGCCGUUGGUAGUAAGUCGAGCUUACCGUAACCCAUGUUUUGACGGCCUAUUUAGCUUGAAGUUCCAUACGUUUUAGUCUGGUUGUACCACGGUAAAAUCAUUCAUCCAAUAUAGAUUGGUACAAACUAUAGUUGGGCCUUGAUUAUUAGUUGGUUCUUUUGCUCAUAUAUGUACAUUUUUGUUACACUGCCAGUUCUACGUAAAGGACCUGGAAAUGUUAAUUCCAUUGAGAACUCCCGUUGGAAAUUUUCAGGCGGUUACACAUUACAUAACAACCUAAACAGGAUGCAAAAUGCCGAUGCACUUUUUUAUUAAUGAAUGAAUAAAGCUUAUAUACUCGCGUCGUUUCA